AAAUGGUGUACACUGUAGAAUUGUGCAUAACAAGAGAGAUAUAAAUUGAAAAUUAUAAUAAUAAUACUAUUAUACCUUUAGUUCACAAUCAAUUUUCAAUAAAUAAUAUUUUAUUAAAGUGCUUGCAUCAUGACUGUGCCACCGAAAUUUGCUGGCACUGGUUUAGAAGAAGUUAACGUGCCGGGUCAAGCUUUUCUGCGUGACGCUCUAUCUUGCUGUGAUGACCCAUUGAAAGCGAUUGAAAAUUUCCAGCUAGAGAAUGGCAUCUUGCUACCAUCGCUUCGACCAAUGCUACCCUUGUUAGAUUUGCAUGGAGUUCGCAGAUUAGAUUUUCACACAUCCGUCCUAGAAGAACUACGCGAUAAACUUAUUGCACACAUCAACGAAGUUGGUGCAAAGGAGGGUAGGGAACGUGACCGAAAACUGAAGGAACUCCUGGUGAAAAGUUUUCCGGUAGUGCGCGUUAAAGCUCUGCGCCCCGUUGUAAUGUGCAUCUUGAGAAACACCAGCCAUAUCGAAGAUAAGUAUUUGAGAAUCUUGGUAAGAGAUCGCGAGUUAUAUCAAGAUACAGAUACGGAAGUCAAAAGACAAAUCUGGCGGGAUAACCAAUCGCUGUUUGGAGAUGAAGUUUCACCUCUGUUAUCACAAUACAUUCGCGAAAAGGAACAUAUAUUGUUCGAUCAUAUGAAUUUGAACAAUCUAUUUUUUACUCCAACUCCGAAGGUUCGUAGACAAGGAGAAGUUGUACAGAAACUAGCACACAUGAUCGGUAACAGUGUUAAGUUGUAUGAUAUGGUACUACAAUUUUUGAGAACACUGUUCUUACGCACUCGAAAUGUCCACUAUUGUACGUUACGUGCAGAGCUACUGAUGGCACUACAUGAUCUGGAAGUACAGGACAUCAUUUCCGUUGAUCCCUGUCACAAGUUUACAUGGUGUUUAGAUGCUUGUAUCCGAGAGAAAAAUGUCGAUAUCAAACGUUCCCGCGAGCUGCAAGGGUUUUUGGAUAACAUCAAGCGUGGUCAAGAACAAGUACUUGGAGAUCUUUCAAUGACUUUGUGUGAUCCUUAUGCUAUAAAUUUUCUGGCAACAUCUGCGAUUAAAAUUUUGCAACAUUUAAUAAACAACGAUGGUCUGCCAAGAGAUAACACCAUAUUAAUACUUCUACUUCGGAUGCUGGCAUUGGGUCUAUCAGCCUGGAUUAUGAUCGAUUCUCAGGACUUCAAGGAGCCCAAACUGGACAGUCAGGUCGUUACUAAAUUUUUACCUGCUUUGAUGUCAUUAAUGGUGGAUGAUCAGGUCCGUAACUUACAUUCGAAACUGCCACCGGAUGAACGUGAAAGUGCUAUAACAACUAUCGAACACUCCGGUCCCGCACCAGACGCUGUUGAAGCCUAUAUUCAAGAGAGCUCAGUCGCUUCCAUUCUGGCGAUGUACUACACACUGCAUACAUCCCGACAGAAAGAUCGUGUUGGCAUUCUCAGAGUCAUGGCCAUAUUAUCCUCCUGUAAAGACGAUCGUGCAUACGAAGAUCCAUUUCUGCAUUCGUUAAUUGCACUUUUAAUUCCGAUGUCCGAAGAAUUUGCCAAUGAAGACUUCUGCACGGGAUUGUUCGAUGAAUUCCUUUUCGCUGGUUUGACUCGGGACAAUGUCACGCGACACAUGCUCAAACUACUCUGGUAUGUCCACCAAAAACUGCCACAAGGCCGCCUACAAACACUGAUGAAGGCAUUGCAGCCAAACGCACAGCACCACGAGAACGUACAUAAGCUCUACGAAAAUUUGCAGAAACGCGUGAUGGCUGCGCACCACGAGCCUGUACAAGAGCCGAUGGACACAGAUUUCGAUUCUCCGCUGAAGAGUGUCCCAACACCGGGACCUCAUUAUGUUUAAUAAAAAUAAACUUACUUUUUAACAUAAUAAAUCAUUUAUAUCAUCGUACGUACGUUUUAUAAAAAAUGUAACACGUUUUGAAG